AUGCAGUGCAGGCUGGGCUUGUGCAGGCAUAGCCAAGCGAGCGAGCUGCUUUUUGACACUCAAGACUCGAGACAGGUUCGACCAGCUGGAGUCGCCACCAAGGCUCAACCGAGAGGGAGACUGCCCGGCUAUUCGGCUUGUGUUUCCGUUAAAGGCGCCGACCAGCGCUGCCAGCGCGAGCGGCAUGCUGGCGAGAGGGUGCAUAGCCCGGUUGUGACUGCUGAAGUAAAACGGCGUGUGGCAGCACAUAAACAGCUCAAGGCUCUGCCGCCAGACCACGGGCGACAAUUUGGCAAAUUACUUCACUCAUGGGCGGAGGCAGGCCCCAAGUUCUGCGCUGUUGCACAGCAAUCCCAACCUUUCAGAGGCGUUUCACAGAACCGCCAACGGUUGUGGAAAGAAGCCCUCGCAGUCCGGGGCGCCGCGAGUCUGGCGCAACGUCGCUCUGUCCAAAGGCAGAGAAGCAUGUGGGUGUGUGGGAUGAAGCAGACUGAUGACGAUACCGGGCUAGGCCGACACGAGGGAGCACAGCUUGAGCACGUCGCCUUGCCGAAGUCCACGGCCUACGCGGGCACUGUCCAACGAUGCGGUCAGCUGCUCAGUGCACUGAGCACCAGCAGCCACCUGCACACCGGCCUCACGGCCUCUGACGCUUGUUACCACGGUCGGCUUCUUUCGAGCGGCGGUGAAUAUCUCUUGAUUCGGGUCGCAGUGUUCAUUUUUUACUGUCACAGCAGCAUGCAGCGCAGCUUCCUGCAAGUCCAGCUGCACAUUCAGUGCGAGAAGAAUUUCGGAGGCUGGAAGAGGGUGAUGCGGUUCCAUUCCGCGCCCCCUUUGCCCUACGGUUCUGAGACGGACGUUCCUCCACCGAGCCCGCGUCCUCGUGGUGGUAUUCCUUUGGGGAUGAGCAUUCCGGAGCUGCCAGGCGAUGCUUGCACCGGGGGCAGUGGAGACAACGAGGCUCACGAGACAGCCUGUGAGCGUGGCGGCAGAGCCAGACACUGGUGGGACCGAAGUGCCCUGAGCCCAGCAGCCCCGUGGGAAGCCGCUGUCACGUUGUCACGUCCGCGGUACGUCCAGGAAGGCGAUGGCCGGCCGGGCGAUAGCCCUUUCCUGUAUUGGGUUUGCAAGUCUCGCCAGGCUACACCGAGACGUAGCAAGGCUCUCGAGUCGCUGUUGCUCUGGGCAGUGGAAGAAGUGGGCAAGUGUUUUGUGACGGGUGAGUGGCAUGGGUGCUUCCGGAUCGAGCGAGAGGUACGGAAGACCCGCGAAGAGAAUGGCAUGCUCAAAGCCUCACAGCCCCAGUCGGGACAGGACGAUGACCCAGCCGGCUGA